AUGUCCUCCCAGACUGCCCCGGCCAUUCCUCCCAGGCCUUCUCGAUCCCCACAGCCACGUUCAUCCUUAGAAAUGCCUGGUAUCCCCCCACGUCCGGCUCACCGCCGCAUCGACCGAUCAAUGUCUCCGAUGCGGAGCAGUUAUGCACCAUCUCCUUUCAACGAAUGGAGUGGCCCGAGCCUGAGCCGGACCACUUCAAACGAUAUUCCCCAGCGUCCACCGAGCGUAACAAUACCUUCCCUGGGUGAAGAGGGGAUAGAGUAUGCAGAUCUAAAUGUUGGAAACGUGCCCGAAGGUCAUCACCAGGCACCAGCGGAGACUCGUAACGUUAGCAGUGACCUCAAGAUUCAUGCACCGAGACCUUCCUUGCCGACGUUAAGUGCUAAGGCCAAAGUGCAGGCGGUCACCCGCACAGACUCUCGCCAGGCUGCUGCUGCUGGCCUGGGUCGGGAAAGCGAAAGCUCCCCCGCAAUCGAAGAGCCGGAGCGGACCAGUCGAUCGCUGCAUUCCCGAGCAAGCGGCUCACGGGCCGAGUCGUCUACCGCUUCCUCCGAUCGCAGACUUUCCAUGCAGCCCGGAGAUGAACAUGGUUUCCGGGUACCUAUGUAUCCCAAUGCCGGUGAUGUCCAAGCACCUUCGCCUAGUCCCUACUUAGAGCAAGGCUCUCAACGCUCGGGUCGUAACCACCAUCGUUCUCGUAGUGCUCGGGAUUCUUCAUUACCUCCAGGUAGUUAUGGCCUGCAUGGGCAUGGUGUGCCGAAUGGUGACAAGUUUGAGAAGGCUUGGUAUGAAAAACACCCCGAUGAAUACGUGAAGGAGGAGGGACAGUAUGGCCCCGGUGUGGGUACUCCUCGCCCUGAUUGGGCUCUAAGCAGCGACGACCUGAACAAGAUUGUUCGAGGUCCAGCUGGCUCUACACCCGGUACUUCUCCCGAUGUUCUGGGAACACCCGAGGAAGAAGUUGGCUACCUUGCCUCCGAUGAAUAUAUGCACCGGAUGUCAUCUCCCCCACCUGAUUCUCGCCUUGAUUCCCAACCCGUGGUGGAAUCUCCCCUGCGCCAAAUUAGCUUCCCAGCCUCUGAAAUCGAGCCGAAAAAUGCGCCUGCCUCCCCGCUGCGUCAUGGCCGAAGCAGAUCGCACGGGAAUUAUGCUGAUAAUGAAAUUAUCCACGUUGAUAACCCGAAACAUCCUCUUCAUCACCCGGAUGGAUUUGCUCCUACCCCAGUGCUAGAUGAACCAACGGUAGCAGUCGAAGAGGCAUUGGAGGAAGAUGAGCCUAUUUUGGCUUCCGAUGAAGUGCGCCCUGGGUCGGCAUACCUGCACCCUGCUGUUUCGCCCACCAGAGGAAGCUUCGACGAAGAGUACAGAAGCCGAACGCCCAGCGUGUCGCACAGCCGUUCUAACAGCAGAUCGGCCAGUGCCCAGGCAGCGCCCGUGUUGACUCGAUUUGACUCGCGUGAGCUUUAUGAUGAUAACCACACUCCUUUGGAAAAUGUCGAGGAAUACGAGCCGCUGUUCCCAGAAGACGAGAACAAGAAGGACCGCCCUGUCUCGGCUGCAGACCGCUUUAAAAAGCGCCCAGAGUUAUCUAAACACCGAUUCCCGAGCCAAGAUAUCUGGGAAGAUACACCGAACAGCCUGCAACUCCAUGCUACUGUCAACACACCUGAUCUUCCGAGAAGUGACUCUGCGGGGGCCUUCGAAACACCCGAACAAGAGGCAGUUCGGAGAAUGCAAAACUCAAAGAUAAAUUCCCACCAAGUAGCCAGUCAUAUCCUCGAGGGUGAAAGCGCCCGCGAAAGCCCCAAGGCCCCGAAGCGCCCCGAUGCUAUUAAGCAGCGGUUCCCAAGUCGAGAUAUUUGGGAGGAUGUACCCGACAGUCAGCAACUAGUGACUACUGUUGAGCCUGCAGACGAUGAGAUCAAGAGCCCAGAAGAGCCUGUUAGACCCUCUAUCCCUGCUCGCCCGCAGAGACAGCCUCAGUCUACGUCACCCACGGAGAAACGCCAGCCGCCAGUGAUUCCUGGCCGCCCGAAACCUCAAAUAGCGGUUCGCCCCGCGAAACCUAGCCCCCAGGCACCGGCGAGCUCAGAAACUAGAGAAGCUGCAGUUGAAGGGCCAGCCAUGCCCAAAGCAAAGCCCGCAGUGCCAGCUCGUCCCGGCGGCAGCAAGAUCGCAGCUCUUAAGGCAGGAUUCCUGACAGAUUUGAACUCCCGUCUUCAGCUUGGCCCGCAACAACCCAAGCCACAAGAGAAGGAGCCAGAACCACCAGUUGAGAAGCAGCCACUGAGUGAUGCCCGUAAGGGCAGAGCUCGUGGUCCUGCCCGGCGCAAGCCAGCGGCCGAGAAUGCCAAUGCCCGACUGCCGACUAUUCCAGAGAUCAAGAUUACAGAAACAUGGAAUGUCUGGCAGGUUUGCGAGGAUGGAAACCUGCUUGUUGGUGACGAGAAAAUUGACACUCAGUUGCCAGAGAAAUCAAUUCAAUCGGAACCUAUCGUCGCCCCGGAGAUCGCGAAGAAUAUUGCUGGUGAACCCGUUGACCCCACUCCGGAGUCUCCCAUCGCCGCGGUUGAACUUUCUUCCAAUAACAAAGACGCAGCCACUGAAGUUGAACAGACUUCCACGGCAGAGCCAGUGCCAGAGCAGAUUUCCUCUCCCGUUAUCGAGCCCCCAACUCAGCAAGACGAGCCAGAGCCAGAAUCAAAACAAGAGGCAGUCCUGCCCGAAUCUGCUCAAGCUCCUGCUGAAGAAGCGGUCUCCCUCAAGUUGGACGACGCCCUUGAGGAUAUGACCGCAGAGGCCGAUAGCAAGAAGGCAUCGGAUGGCGACUUUCAUGACGUGGUAUCGUCAUCUUAG